AUGCAGGCGACGAAUGAGGAAGGAUGGGCAGCAGAGGAAGGCUUGGCGGUAGUGCCCCAAGUGCAAGCAACGCGUGGUGCUGCUGCUACUACAGUCGUAAUGCUGAGUGACCUGGGCUCAGGCAUUCAUGGGGAACAACAAGUAGGCGUGCUAAUUAACCAAGGCAGUAUACUGAGUUUUGCUAGGAAUGGAGAAUGUGGCGCCUUUCGGCUAGGUAAUGCAACUCUGCCCGUCUCCUAA